AUGGGAGCACAGAAGAUACCCUCAGAGGAAGGCUAUGCCCAAACACCUCUCAACACCAUCAAGGUGUACAAACACAGAGCCGCCUACGACUACCACACCGUCCACUCCAUCUUCGCCUCCACCCUCGUCUCCCACGUCUCCUUCAUAUCCACCGACGAAGACGGCGAUCCAACACCCAUGAACCUGCCCUUGACAGCCGUAUUAGGCCACUACGACCCCUCGCACCCUCUCCCCGAACACCCCACUCCACAAGUCUCUGCCUACCACCAAGACCUCAACCGACCACUCGACCUCUACCUGCACGGCAAUGUAGCAAUGAUGCUCCGCCGCGCAGUCCACAAAAACGGAGUCAUGAAAGUCUGCAUCACAUCCACAAAAGUCGACGGCGUAGUCCUAAACUUCACACCCAACGGCCACUCUCUAAACUACCGCAGUGCAGUAAUCCACGGAACCGCAGAACUCGUUUCCCUACCCGAAGAAAAAAGAUUCGCCAUGCAUUUACUGACUAACCACAUGAUUCCUCACCGUUGGCAAAACACAAAUCCUAUAACGCCUGCAGCGUUGAAAAGUGUGCAGGUCUUGCGUGUGACCAUCAACUCUGCUUCUGCCAAAGUGCGAGCGAAGAAUAUGGGCUUGGCGGAUAGUUGCGAGAUUGCUGCGCAGAGGGACGAUAUUUAUACUGGUGUGUUUCCUUUGUAUGAGACUUUGGGCGAGCCGGUGGAGAGUGGGUAUGCGCCGGGCAGACCUGUGCAAAAGCAUCUCGAGGAGUGGAGGGAGAGGCGGAAUGCAGAGGAGAAGGGAUAUGCAGUGCGAGCGGCCGAGAAUGAGCCUGAAGAGGCAGAGACGAUAGUCGAGCAUGUCAAGAAGAUUGGCGAGAUCACGAGACAGAAGAUUGUCGACGAAGGCGUCAGUGUUUAA